GGCAGGGAGUACAGUCCGCCACAACGCGGUAGCCAUCAUCUAAUCGUCCACGCGGAGAUCGUGUAUUGUUUCUCUCGGCUCAGCAGACACUACAGGACACGUAUCAGCAUGUCGCUCGACUUCGGCCUCAAAAACGUCCACGUCCUAGUGACCGGCGCCGCUGGCGGCAUAGGGCGCGAAAGUGUGCAGACAUUCGCCCAACUUGGCGCCACAAUCACCGCUCAUUGCCGCAGGCAACCGGACAACCUCCAAGGCUUUGAGGGAAUGUGCUUAGCUCAGGCCGAUGUUCGGGACGAGGCAUCAGUCAAUGAGCUCUUCGAAGCGGCCUAUUCGCACCACAACAAGCGGGUAAGCGUGCUUGUUGUUAAUCAUGGGAUUUGGGAAGGCGUCGAUGCGCCCAUUGCCGACAUGACCUUGGACCAGUGGCAGAACACGUUGGCAGUCAACCUGACAGGCGCUUUUCUGCUUUGUCGGGCAUUCCUGCAGCAGCUGAGGAAAGCGUCAGAGGAGGAGAAAGCCAGUGCCUGUAUCAUCUUCAUUGGGAGUACCGCGGGCAAGUUCGGCGAAGCCCAGCACGGCGACUACGCUGCUUCGAAAGCCGCAUUGAUGUACGGUCUUGUGCCGUCACUCAAGAACGAAAUCGUAGCCGUUGCGCCGCGAGGUCGUGUAAACGCGAUAAAUCCCGGCUGGGUAGCAACGCCCAUGGCUGAGGAGAAGCUUAAGGACGCUGCUUUCGUCGAGCGCGCGCUGGCCACGACGCCGCUUCAGAAAGUCGCCACGCCGGCGGACAUCGCGCGCCAGAUUGCUAUUAUCGCCAGUCCGACCUUGAGCGGCCAUGUGAACGGGAUGAACAUCAUGGUGGAUGGAGGAAUGGAAGGUCGACUGCUGUUUCCGCCAAGGCAUCGGUAGUUACGCCAUGUUCUGGCUUGAGCCCGUC